AAGAAAAAAAAAGAAUGAAAAAACAUAGUAUAGGAAGGUAUUAUUUGUAAUUUAGUCACAUCCCUUAAUACACUCCUACCAGUGUACUUUUGUACCCCAACUUGAAUAAAGCUUCUUUUCAUGCCGUCCUUGUGAGAGAUCGAGUGCUAAUUACUCCUACUUAUAAUCUGCCUAUUUAUAUCAUCACCCAUUGCCUUUUCUUUGCCUUUGCCUCAUAUUUUGGACUCUGUUUUCUCCUCCCAAGUCCAAUAACCAUGUAUAAUCUCAGGGGAAGACCAAAGAGUCUCUUGCUUACUUUCUUGCCCACUUCUGUUAUUGUCUUCAUUUUUCUAUUUUCACAAACCAAUUUGAGAAACACUCCAAAAACCACCACCCAAGAAGCACCAAAAUUACACAUCCACAAACACAUCCAAAUGCAAAUAGCACAUUCCACAUGCCAAGGCACAUUGUACCCACAACUCUGCGUUUCGACCCUCGCUUCUUUCCCUGAUCUCUCUUCCAAAUCGCUCCCACAGAUCAUCUCCUCCACUGUAAACCUCACAGUGAAUGAAGUAAAGGUCUCCGCCUACAACUGCACAAAAAUAGAAAGGCAGCUCACAAAGCUCGACCCCCGUCAGAAAAGGGCCAUCGAUGACUGUCUCGAGCUCCUCCAAGACACCAUUGCCGAGCUCAAUCUCGCAAUCUCUGAUCUCAACUCCAAGAAAACGGCCUCAAAGCACUACCAUGACUUGCAGACUCUGUUAAGCGGUGCUAUGACCAACCAGUACACCUGCCUCGAUGGGUUUGCUUACAGCAGAGGAAAUGUAAGAAACUUUAUAGAUAACAACUUGUACAACAUCUCUAACCACGUAAGCAACUCUCUUGCUCUGCUUAAGAAACUAGCCGGAGGACAUAAUAAAUCUAGUUCCGUGGUGUUCCCUGAGGCAUACGGAAGCAUGAAAAAUGGUUUUCCUACUUGGGUUUCAUCCAAAGAUCGGAAACUGCUUCAGUCUUCUGUGAAUGCGACCAAAUACAAUCUACUGGUAGCUAAGGACGGCACAGGUAAUUUCACCACCAUUAGCGAAGCUGUGGAAGCAGCUCCGAACUCUAGCACAACCAGGUUUGUGAUAUACAUAAAAGCCGGAGCUUAUUUAGAGAAUGUGGAGGUUCCGAGGAAGAAGACCAAUUUGAUGUUCUUGGGAGAUGGCAUAGGCAAGACAGUCGUGAAAGCCAGUAGGAAUGUGGUCGAUGGCUGGACUACUUUCCGUUCUGCCACUGUCGCGGUGGUAGGAAACGGGUUCCUCGCGAAAGGCGUAACCUUCGAGAACUCAGCGGGGCCGAGUAAACACCAAGCGGUGGCGUUAAGAAGUGGGUCAGAUCUCUCAGCCUUCUACCAAUGCAGCUUCGUUGGCUACCAAGACACUCUCUACGUUCACUCUCUUCGCCAAUUCUAUCGCGAAUGCGACAUCUACGGCACAAUAGAUUUCAUCUUCGGCAACGCAGCAGUGGUUUUCCAAAACUGCAAUUUAUACGCACGAAAACCAAACGACAACCAGAAGAACAUUUUCACUGCUCAGGGCAGAGAGGACCCAAACCAAAACACUGGGAUUUCUAUCUUGAACUCCAAAGUCACGGCCGCAGCUGAUUUGAUCCCUGUUAAAUCGUCUUUCAAAACGUAUCUGGGCCGUCCGUGGAAGGAGUAUUCGAGGACAGUGUUUUUGAGAUCGUACAUUGAUGAUUUGGUGGACCCAGCUGGAUGGUUGGAAUGGAAUUCCACCUUUGCCUUGACCACUCUUUAUUAUGGAGAGUAUUUGAACAGAGGACCGGGUUCUAAUACAAGUGCUAGAGUUACUUGGCCUGGUUACAGGGUUAUUAAUAGCUCCACCGAGGCUAGUCAGUUCACAGUUGGGUCGUUUAUUCAAGGAACCGAGUGGCUAAAUUCUACCAAUAUUCCUUAUUUUACUGGUUUAAACUGAAGGUCUUGCUUCUAGCUAAUUCCUUUUACUCUGUGUUAUUAUAUUUUAUUUGGGGUAUUAGCCUCAUUUAGCAAUUAAUGAUUAAAUAAUUUAAGCAUCUGUAUGAUGGGUUAUAUUCUAAAUCCCCGAACGAGGAUAAAUAUACUUUCAAAAUUAAUUA